CUUUGCGUCGUUUGAGUGACGCAGAGAGACGGAGAGAAGAGCAUUCGACAGAGAGCGACGCGGGAGCGCCGCUGGAAAACGCGUUGCCUGAAACAGCGAACGAGUUUUCUUUCGCUGCAGAUGCGUUGCCGCGCCUCAGAGACGCACAGCGAAGGCAGACCAGCCAGUCGACGAGAAACAAGCGUUUUUUUCUCUUCUGCGUUGACACUCGGGAGAGCGCUCGAUCCAACAAAGAGAGAAAUGUGGAGAAGGAAGAUAAGAACAGAGAGAAAGAAGAUACGAACAGAGAGAAGGAAGAUAAGAACAGAGAGAAGGAAGAUAAGAACAGAGAGAAGGAAGAUAAGAACAGAGAGAAGGAAGAUACGAAAAGAGAGAAGGAAGAUAGAAAGGAAGAGGAAGAAAUAAGUAUUUGGGGGAGAGAUGAGGAGGGGAAAAAUCACAUUACGUAUCAUCCUGUUGGCGCCUGGUCUCUCUGCUCUGGCGGGGGCGUUGGGAGUCUCUUGACGUUUCCAGGUGGAACGACGCAAAAAGCGGCGACUUUGCCUGCUUCGCGAGCGUCUCUCUUCCCCGCAACCGAGGAAGCAUCUUUUCUCUCCACAGACACCAGCCUUUCUUUCCUCUCACCUCGCGUUUCUUCCUCAUCUUGUUCUUCUCUCCCGUCCUCUUCUCUCUCCUGUUCUUCUUCUCCUUCUUCUUCUGGGGAUGCGCCGGGAGACCCGCGCGGGGGGCGUGUAGGACUCGGAGUACUGGAAGGCAUGCAGUCACAGACUGAUGGAGGCUCCUCCCUGGGAGAGAAAAGGAGACUCGGGGAUCGUUCGGAGACCCGCCUGCCUCCGGCUGCAGGCGUCGCCAACGCCGCAAAUCUCCUCCCUCCCCUCCUCCCGCCUUUAACUUGUUCCUCGCCUCUGCCUCCGCGACAUGCCGCCGUUGCCUGCGCCUCCCUGCCGGCCGUCUCCAACCUAAAUGGCGAUCUGAUACCCUCCCGCUCUUCUUCGCUGCGUCUCCCUUGUCGGAUUCCAUCCUUUUCUUCCUCCCGAUGAUCCUCGCUUUUUCGUCUCCUCAGUGAUCCUCUCUUCUUCAUCUUCUCCGCGUUCGCCUUCUGCUUCGCCUUCUCUUCCUUCUUCUGCUUCGCCUUCUCUUCCUUCUUCUCUUUCACCUUCUCUUCCUUGAGGGAUAUCUGCUUCGCGAUGUCGUGCUGUAGAGGGCGUCGGUUCGUGACGUUUUCUCUUUCGGCGCGGCGAUGUCGGCGAAGCUCGGCAGUUCGGAUGGCGCGCGAAGAGGGAGGAACGAGAAGACGCGAAAUGCGUCUCCGCGAUGAGACACAGCACUCGAGAAAAGCGGGGAGUCUCUUUGAAGAAGUUAAAGAGAAAGCCACAGCCCGGUCGAGAGAAGAGGACCAGGAAAUCUGAAAGAAAUGGGGAAAGAAGAUAUCUCAGAGCAGUCAGAGGAGACGAAGGGGAUUCCAAAAAAGGGGGACUUCUCAACUCUUUGCGGGGCUUCAGACACAGGGCACAAGCCAGGUUUCCUCCGUGGUUUGUGUUCACCCUGAUGGCGCAUGCGUUCCAGAAGCGUUCCGGGUGUUCGAUUUCUCCGGGGAUUUGUGAAGUAAAACCUAUCAGAAGUUUCAUGCAGAGGAGUGAACCUGAGCAUGUCCUCUUGUCCGGUGAAGCAGUUGCGCGUCCGCAUCUCUGUCAGUCUCCUGCAACAUGGAGAAACAGACGCGAAAGUGAGGCGUCUGGCCUGCAGUGACAGAACGCGUAAACGAACUCUCCUGUGGGGCUUGGGUACGUCUUUCGACGCCUCCGAAUUGCCCUCUCUCGCGAGCGGUCGAAGUUCAGAGACAUGGCUGAAGAAGUCUGCAGUCGUUUCAAGAGAAAUCUAAACCUUUUCCUUGAGCUAGGUAGUUGCGUCGAAAACGCGCCGCAGGACGCCUUGACAGAAACCACACUCAGCUGUUCAAAGGAUAAAUGGCCAACUUUGUUUCGGCCUAGACACAUUCCACAGGCGAAAAGCUCCUCCGCCUCUUUGCUGCGACUCCCUAAAAACGCAGGAAACCGACAAACAAGAAAAAACGAACAACGAGAACACACAGACACUGCUGGACUCGAACAGGCCCCUGUCUCUAUUGCUUCCCUUCAUCCACACAUAUAAAUAUAUAUAUAUAUAUAUAUAUAUAUAUAUGAGUAUGCGGACAUGAGCAUGCAUCUACUAUAUAUGUGUGUAUAGCUAUAUAUAUAUGAAUAUUUUAAAAAGCCAGGUGUAUAGCGAUCCUUUUCUGUAUCCAUAUAUGUAUAUAUACAUAUAUAUACAUAUAUAUAUAUAUAUGCGUAUGUAUGCAUGCACAAUCUAUUUUUACAUAUCUGUAUGUAUUUAAAUGUAUGUAUGUAUGCAUCCGUGUGGGGAGUGUGCGGCGUUGCGUCUGGAUAUGUUUGUAUGUUUUCUGAGCCAAGGUGUAAUCGGUUCAGGUCUACAUAUAUGUGGCUGUCCCCAUUUGUGCAGCAGAGAGUGUACAUGUAAAGGGGGGGGGGCCUGCGAGGGAGACGAAUCGUUUUUUAUGUGUUGUUUUUCGUCAAAAGAAGACUUGAGUCACUCUUUAGAGAAAGCAGACUCUGGCGUUUUGAAGAAACGAACAAUCCUUUUCGAGACGGUGUCAUCGCACCUCCACGGAUGCAGAGACGCAACUGUCUCAUUUUCUGCGUUUCGAGAAAUAUCAACUUUUCUUCUUUCCGCCUUUGCCAUCCCACCCACAUGUCUCUUCUGGAGGCUUUCUCUCUUGCGUUUCUCGACUGCUGAGGCAACCGAAUGGCAAAAGACACUCGCCGGAGAAACUCCUCAAAGUGAAAGAGUAUGUCAUACAAUGUGCAAGACUGCGUUGAGCUGAAGGAGGACGCAGCGGCCACUGAACACCGAUGCCUUGGCGAGACGCAGACAGGAAAGACUGAACAGGGUGUCUCUCUUCGUAGAACCUAGGACAAAUAUCACUUCCAGGUGCAUGAAGCACCAGCGUUUGAAGUCCAGGAGAGAAAGAGAAGAGAAAGAGAAAGGAAACCACCGACGAUGAGGACAGCGGCGCUCGCUGACGCAUGCAUGCGCAGAAGAGAAGGAGAAAAAACCAGAAGCUCAUGAAAAGUGCAGAGAGGAGAGAAUUGACCGGAGAAGACACACAGGAUCACAGUCCUCUCAAGCUAGACAGGAAAGAAAAAGAGACGGAUUUAUACAUCUUGUUAUGCAGAGAGACGCAUUGCUGAAGUUGCGUAUGGAAGAGGAAUGAUUGUAAGCGACGACCCGAGUGAAGAAGACGCAGGUGAAUGUGGCUGC